CAGCCAUGGCCGCCGUACCUGCAGUGCUCGCCAGCGCCGUUGCGUUGCUCGUUGCUUCCGCCAGUGCUUUCAACACACAGGGGCUGGGGAUGGCCUCUGAGUUCACCACCAGCCUGCUGUUCGACGACCUAGUGCAGCCGCUGUGCACAGAAUCCACGACCAAUGACGCGUGCUACGGCUGCUUCGCGCUCUACGCCAGGAUGAGGCAGGUACCAGAUGCAUACGAUGAACUCAAAAAGUGCGCCAGGGACUACUUGAAUGACACAUCCUAUGCAGAAUGUCAGGCAGUGCUGUCGGGACCUCAUUACCCAGGCGGCUUCUCGAGUCCGAAGGCGUACGUGCUGUACGUGACGGAUGCCGGCGAGCUGCGUGUGAUGUCGAUGUACGUGGGCGCCAACGAUCAGUUCAGCUGCGAGCCCUCACCUUCCCCACUCGGGCCGAUUCCUGCUUCGGCAACAAAUUUCCUUUAAUGUAAAACAAAAUUAU